UGCUAUAAUAUUAAUAAUAUAAAUUAAUUUAAUAAAUUAUUGUUUCAGAGUAAAAAUGAAAUCUUUCCAUUUGGCCACGUUGUUGUUUCUGGUGUUUAUUUGCUAUACAGAAUCUUUUAGGUUUCUCCGGCCUCGUCCUCCUCCUAGAUUUCAAGAAUUAUUUAGCUCGUACGGUUGUCCUUCGAGGCCAGAACUAUGCAACAAUCAUUGCUUUAAUCAUCAUGAUCAGCAGUGUGGAAUAUGCAUCGACAAUAGAGGUUUUGCAAAUAGAACAUGCAGAUGUACAAAUUGCGCUGAAGUAACAACAACAACAACUACUACUACUACUACUACUACAUCGCCUACAAUUACUGCAAAUGAUACUGUUACUUUGUUACCGUAACUUAAUAUUUUGUUACAUCAAUGUUAAUGUAAUAGCAACUUAAACAAUAUUUUAUUCUGUUAAAUGAAACCAAUGAUUAUU